AUGGAAGCUGCGAAAGACGCGUACCAAAAGUCGACGUCGGCGGUGAAGUCGAUGGCGGAGAAGACAACGUCGACUCUCGGAGGACUCGGCAGCGCUAUAACGUCCAAAUUCGGCGACAUGCGAGAAAAUGCCACUUUCAAGUCGUUUGAGGAACGCGUUUCCGCCACUGUUGGAGCAGUGAAGGGCAAGGUGAAUGGAUCCAGAUCCAAUUCCACGCAGGACUUCGACGACGCCCUGAAGCAGGCUGAAUCAAAGGCCGCUGAUGAGGCUGGAGAUGCCUCCGCUCAGCUCGGAGCCGGCGACGAUGCAAACAAAAUGUAGAUCCCUCUUUGUCUCUAGAAAUCAAGAAAAAAAGGAAGAAGAAAAUACAAAGAAAUGAGGAAGAAAACCAGGAAGUUUCUACAUCUACAACAAAAAACAAACGAAGGAAGAAGAAGAAGAAAAGAAAUCCGUCUCCUUUCUCGGCCCGUCAAUCUAAAUAGCCAACAAAAUGGCCGCUUUCAUUAUACCCUCUCGUGAAAUGUCUCUUGUUUUGCUGUUGUGUUUCAGUGCUUUUAGGGAGGUCUUUUGCGAAAUUUUAUUCGUUUGGUUCUGUGAUGUAUGAUUUGUUUUCACCCCCAUCUUCCCUCCAACCACAAGAAAAAAAAAAAAACUCGUGACUCUCCUUCCAAAAAUAAAAUGAAACCGCACAGAUUUUUAAUGACACUGAAAGGCAACCAGGCGUUGCCAAGAUAUUCACCUUUCUGCAGCAGUCGUUGUAUAAAUCUGUGCUUAAAACAUCGAAAAAAGGGGUCAUUUUGUGGUGUGUCCUGAAAAAAAAAUUGUUUCUAAAUGUAAAUGGGCACCUCUGAGUGCAGUAUAUUAGAGUACUGCAGAAAAAAAAAACUCUGUGCACAUUCCUGUUUGUUUUUAAUUUAUUGUGUGGCCAGGGGUCGUGAAACUUAGUGAAAGAAACAGUUGGAAGAAGUUCUCUUUUUUUUUUGGAAUGAACGGCGAGUGCUUUAAAAGGAAAUCCGUCAGAAGAAAUGGGGGAAACAAACAGAAAGGAAAAAAAAAGCCUCUGUAGGUUUUCGGCUUGGGUUUUCCGUUGUUUCGUUUUUUGGGUGAUCUGUGAUGGCGGGAAUCUGGAUGAAAGAAGAUUCGCGGUUUCUCCGUUUUCUUAGCGGACGACUUUGUUUGGAUUGGUAAUUCUUCCGUUUUUUCCCCUACCUCCCACGAAGUUUAUCUUGGACCAUUUUCACCUCCUCCCCCUUUUUUUGAGACAUAAGCAUGUGGGUUUACAGACCUCGCAGUUGUUAUUCAUAUCGUUGGGGUUGAAGAGGAGACAGGAAAGUUGGAAACCAGUUUCAUUGAAUCGGAUUGUAAUUUACAUGGAGUCUAGGGAUGUUUUACCGCUGGGAAAGAAGAAAAAAACAGCCAUAUUAACAUGCUCUUUUUUCGUCGUGUCCGCCGCAAACAGAAAUCUUUCCGGCGCCGUUUUUUGCGAAGUUUUUUCUCGGGGCCGCCUUGGACAGAACCGGGAUCGAAUGAGGGAAAUAUAACAAGUUUCAUGCGUCGAAA